GGAGCCAGGUCUUGAAAGCUAUCUCUUUCAAGGGAACCCACCUAUUCCUUUUAUAUCCCUACAUGUUUCACCUUAAAAUUGAGCUUUCUCUGUUCUUUUAAACUAAGGAAGAGAAAUGGGCACCCACAUAGAGAACAAAGUUCUGAUUAGGGAAUUCAAUGAAGAUAGAGACAUUGAAGCAGUAGAGAAGCUUGAGAAGAGUUGUGAAGUUGGAUAUAGAAAGGGGAUUUCUAUUUCUACUAACUUGAUGGGAGACCCAUUAUGUAGAAUUAGACUCUAUCCAACUCAUGUUAUGCUGAUUGCUGAGCUGGUUGGAAAUGGGGAGCUUGUCGGAGUAAUUCGGGGAUGCAUGAAGCAUGUGGGGACUAGCCCUGGUAAAACACAUAUGAAUAUAGGUUGCAUUUUAGGCCUUCGAGUCUCUCCCAAGCACAGGCGUAUAGGAAUUGGUUUGAAACUUGUGGAAUCAAUGGAAGAUUGGGCAAUAAAAAAUGGAGCUGAGUACAUUUGCCUGGCAAUAGAAGCAAACAAUGUGGCCUCUACCAACCUCUUUGUGUUGAAGUGCAAUUAUAUAAUGCUAAGCUCUCUGGUGAUACUGGUUCAACCCAUUAGCUCCCGAGUCGGGCAUCCACCUCAAGAGGUCAGGAUAGAGAAGUUGAGCUCAGAACAGGCAAUCUCCUUGUAUAAGAGUAUACUUGAAGGUAAAGGCUUAUACCCAUUAGACAUUGAUGUGAUAUUGAAAGAAAACUUGAACCUUGGCACUUGGGUUUCAUUCUUUGGUGAAGAGGAAUGGAUAGGUUUACAUGGAAAAGAGAAGAAUGAGGAUUUCAUCCUUAGAACUCCAAGCUCUUGGGCCAUGGUAAGCAUAUGGAACACUUGUGCAACUUACAAGCUUCAGAUAAGGAGGUCAUAUCCAUGCAUGUGUUUUCAUACUACAUUAAGCCAUGCCAAAGCUAAAGUCUUCCCUUGCCUUAAAAUACCAACUUGUGAUCUACUAGACAAGCCCUUUGGGUUUUUCUUCCUAUAUGGCCUUCAUGGAGAGGGUCAGAGGAUUGGAGAACUCAUGAAAUCUCUGUGGUGCUUUGCCUGUAAUUUGGCUGGAAAUGUGAAGGACUGCAAGGCUAUCAUUACAGAGCUAGAAGUAUCUGAUCCUCUUAGAGGGUAUGUUCCACAGGGAACAUCAAUGUCAAGCAUUGAUGAUAUUUGGUACUUGAAGAGAGUGAGAGGCUCCAACAGCGAUGAGGACGAUCGAUGGACGACACUGCCAAAGGGAGAACAUCUGUUUGUUGAUCCCAGAGAUUUCUAGGGUUACUUAAGUUCAUUGUCCAGAAUCGCCUUGAGG